AGCUGAUUUCCCUUGUUAAGAAAGUUAGGUUUUUCUAUAUCGACUAGUUCUGCCGAUUUUUUUUAUGAAUUUCAUUCAAAUUUUACUAUAAAAGAAAAUCACAAAUUUUAAAAGAAAUGGUUAAAUAAUAUAUUUUAUUAAAAAUUUAAAAAUAAGUAUUUGAAAGAAUGACGGAGUAUCAAAUUUUAAUAUAUAUAAAGAUAGUAUUUGAAAGGUUAAGAAUGUGAAUAAAAACGCAUUUACCAAAUAUGGAUUCUGUGACACUUUUGCCAUUAAAAUCUUCAUCGAAAAGUUUAUUUAUGAUGAUUAGAAAAAAAUUUCACAUAAAAUUAAAUAUUCCAAUUUUGUUAAUGAUAUUGUUGAUUGUUUUCUUAUGUGUACAUUAUUUACCUUCUACAAAGUGUUCUUCUAAUGAACAAGAAAUAAAAAACAAAAUAAAAAUUAGAUUUAUAAUACUUAUACUUUCUAGUCCUGAUAACUUAGAACGAAGAGCAACUAUUAGAAAGACAUGGUUGGCACAAAAACAAGCUUCAGUCAAACAUUUUUUUGUAAUAGGAACUUUAGAUACAUUGCCAGAGCAAAAAGAAACUUUACAUUCUGAAAAACAAAAAUUUAAUGAUUUACUUUUAUUAUCAAGAUUACCAGAUUCAUAUGGAACUUUAACAAAGAAAGUUUUAUAUGCAUUCAAAGAAAUUUAUGAAUAUUAUGAAUUUGAUUUUUUAAUGAAAUGUGAUGAUGAUACAUUUGUUUUGGUACAUAAAAUUUUAAGAGAGCUAGAUAAAUGGGAUAACAAAGGAACAAAAAAAGAAUUAUAUUGGGGUUUUUUUAAUGGAAAAGCACAAGUCAAAAGAAGUGGACCAUGGAAAGAAAUAGAAUGGAUAUUAUGUGAUUAUUAUCUUCCUUAUGCACUUGGAGGAGGAUAUAUUUUAUCUUAUAAUUUGGUAAAAUUUAUUGCAAUAAAUGCAGAUAUUUUCAAAUUAUACAAAGCAGAAGAUGUAUCUAUUGGAGUUUGGAUAGCACCUUUGGCAAAUAUUGAAAGAAAACAUGAUGUACGAUUUGAUACAGAAUAUAGAUCACGUGGAUGUUCUAAUCAAUAUAUAGUUAUGCAUAAACAGACUAUUGAAAACAUGAAAAAUAUGUAUGAAUAUUAUCAAGCAUCUGGAGCAUUAUGUAUAAAAGAAAUAAGAAAUCGUAUGAGUUAUCAAUAUAAUUGGACAGUUCCACCCAGUCAAUGUUGCAAUUUACAAUCUGGCAUUCCAUAGUAAUUAAAAU